UUGGGAGAAUAUCUCCACUGUUGGCCUCGUCUGUGGAGAAAGAUUUAAUUUUUUUCGGUUCUUUUUGGUCGGAGAUAGAUUGGAAGAGGACAAUGGAGGAGGUGGAUCACCUGGCGCAUGAGAGGAGCAAGGCCCAGUUCGAUGUGGACGCCAUGAAGGUCGUCUGGGCCGGCUCCAAGCACGCCCUCGAUGUGGCCGAUCGAAUGGCCCGCCUCGUCGCCACCGAUCCUGUAUUUCGCAAGGAUGAUAGACCAAUUCUUGCGCGGAAGGAGUUGUUUAAAAACACCCUGAGGAAAGCUGCUCAUGCAUGGAAGCGCAUCAACGAGCUUCGUCUUACUGAAGAAGAGGCAUCAAUGUUAAGAGUCCUUGUGGAUGAACCUUCUUAUGUGGAUCUGCAUUGGGGCAUGUUUGUUCCAGCUAUAAAAGGACAAGGAACUGAUGAGCAGCAGAAGAAGUGGUUACCACUGGCCUAUAAAUUGCAGAUAAUUGGCUGCUAUGCACAGACUGAACUUGGUCAUGGUUCAAAUGUCCAAGGCCUUGAAACAACUGCGACGUUUGAUCCCAAAACUGAUGAAUUUAUCAUUCAUAGUCCGACUCUAACUUCAAGCAAGUGGUGGCCAGGUGGCUUGGGAAAAGUUUCUACGCAUGCACUUGUUUAUGCUCGUUUGAUCACGGAAGGAAAGGACCAUGGUGUACAUGGUUUCAUAGUCCAGUUACGAAGUUUGGAUGAUCACUCAACUCUUCCUGGGAUUACUGUUGGUGAUAUCGGAGCAAAAUUUGGAAACGGUGCAUACAACACAAUGGAUAAUGGUCUUCUACGAUUUGACCAUGUGCGUAUACCAAGAAGUCAAAUGUUGAUGAGGGUUUCACAGGUUACAAGAGAGGGAAAGUUUAUUGUAUCUGAUGUUCCAAGGCAGCUACUUUAUGGGACGAUGGUGUCUGUGCGUCAGAGCAUUGUGUCAGAUGCUUCUAGAGCAUUGUCUCGAGCCGUCUGUAUUGCUGUAAGGUAUAGUGCUGUCCGCAGGCAGUUUGGCUCACAGGAUGGUAGCCCUGAGAUGCAGGUUAUUGAUUACAAAACCCAGCAAAGCAGGCUCUUCCCAUUGCUGGCUUCAGCUUAUGCUUUUAGAUUUGUGGGUGAGUGGCUGAAAUGGCUAUAUGCAGAUGUCACUCAGAGACUGCAAGCUAAUGAUUUUUCAACAAUGGCUGAGGCACAUGCAUGCACUGCUGGUUUGAAAUCUUUGACAACCUCUGCUACAGCUGAUGGGAUUGAAGAAUGCCGAAAACUUUGUGGUGGCCAUGGUUAUCUCUGUAGUAGUGGGCUUCCUGAGCUGUUUGCCGUAUAUGUUCCUGCAUGCACUUAUGAAGGAGAUAACGUUGUUUUACUUUUGCAGGUUGCGAGGUUUCUUAUGAAGACGGUUUCUCAGCUUGGGUCAGGAAAACAGCCUGUCGGGACCACAGCAUAUAUGGGGAGAGCGCAACACUUAAUGCAAUACAAAUGUGAUGUUCGUGGAGCUGAAGACUGGUUGAAGCCUUCGGUCAUAUUGGAAGCAUUUGAAGCUAGAGCUUUUAGGCUGGCUGUAAAUUGUGGCCAAAAUAUAAGCAAGGCACCCGGCGCAGAAGAAGGUUUUUCUGAACUGUCUGCUGAUUUAGUGGAAACUGCAGUUGCUCACUGCCAGUUGAUUGUUGUAUCGAAGUUCAUUGAGAAGGUGCAACAAGACAUACCAGGACUUGGAAUUAAAGAACAACUACAGAUUCUCUGCAACAUCUAUGCACUCUCUUUGCUUCACAAGCAUGUUGGCGAUUUCCUUGCAACGGGGUGCAUCACACCCAGGCAAGGUUCUCUAGCAAAUGAUCAACUUCGUUCUCUAUAUUCCCAGAUGCGUCCUAAUGCUGUUGCACUUGUUGAUGCAUUCAACUACACCGAUCAAUACUUGGGGUCUGUUCUUGGCUGCUAUGAUGGGAACGUGUAUCCGAAACUUGAGGAAGAGGCUUGGAAGGACCCACUGAAUGACUCAGUUGUGCCUGAUGGAUACCAUGAAUACAUUCAGCCUGUGCUUAAGCAAAAGUUUAGGGCAUCAAGGCUGUGAAGCCGCAAUCCAAUCAACUUAAGUUCUUCAUAUGUCUCUUUAAGAUUCAAAUGAUAGUGACAAAUAAUUGACACUCUUGAUGCCCAAAUUUGGCAAUAAAGUUUUGGAAAUAAGAAUAAGCCCUUUGUGGGGAUGAACUACUGAUAUUUUUGUUGUAUCUCAAAUCUUUAGGGGCAUUAAUAUGAGAAUUUGUUUGGAGCCACAAUGUGUCCCCCUUGGAAGAAUUUUUCAAUAUAUGACAAGCAGCUUAUCAUGGCUUUCAAAA